UCAUUCGUUACAAAAACCGCAACACUGGCUGAUAUAACUUGUUGCGAUUUGUCUUAUCAUUUUAAUAAUAUAAACAAAUUAAGUAAUCAAGUUUAGAACCAAACGACCGACCACAACAAGAUAAAGCAAAGCAUUGAUUAAAAUAAAGCCAUGAGUAAAGUUGUUAACAACCUCAUGAGAUUGGCCCUGCUGCAGUUGAAUGUGUCGAAAGAUAAGUUGGUGAAUUUGCAACAUGCAUCGCAAAAGAUACGAGAAGCGGUAAAGGAACACAAGCCACGUAUUGUUACGUUGCCGGAAUGUUUUAAUUCUCCCUAUGGCACCAAAUAUUUCCGUGAAUAUGCCGAAAGCAUACCCAGCGGUGAAACCUCACAAACUCUAUCGCAAUUGGCAAAGGAAAUGGGUAUCUACAUAGUGGGUGGAUCAAUUCCUGAAUUAGAUAGUGAUGAUAAAAUCUAUAAUACCUGUACCAUCUGGUCACCGGAGGGCAAUCUAAUUGCCAAACAUCGUAAAAUGCAUUUAUUUGAUAUUGAUGUCAAAGGUGGAAUACGUUUCAAAGAAUCUGAGACAUUGUCGGCCGGUAAUGAGUUUACCAUUAUUGAGGUUGAUGGUCAUAAAAUUGGUAUUGGUAUUUGUUAUGACAUUCGUUUUGAGGAAAUGGCCAAGGUUUAUAGGAAUGAAGGUUGUAAAAUGCUGAUAUAUCCUGCUGCUUUUAAUAUGACAACUGGACCAAUGCACUGGGAAUUGUUGCAACGUUCUCGGGCCAAUGACAAUCAAUUGUAUGUUGUGACAACCUCACCUGCCCGCGAUGAAAAGGGCGAAUAUGUCGCCUAUGGCCAUUCAAUGGUUGUUGAUCCCUGGGCCAAGGUAGUCAAAAGUGCUAAGGAGGGCGAGGAGACAGUUGUUGCAGAUAUUGAUUUCUCAUUGGUUGAACAAGUUCGUCAACAAAUUCCAGUGUACUCCCAAAGACGUUUGGAUUUGUAUAGUACCAACAAAAAAUGUUAACAAUGUUAUCUCCAGACUAUAAUUGCAUUUAAUUUAAUUCUUUUUUGUUUUUUGUAACUGGUAAUAAUAUUGCUUAUUAUCGUUUUAUUAUGGCUAAAAAAUAAAAGGGACAAAUAUGGAUACAAACAAAAAAAAAAAAACAAA